GGGAAAUAUUGAAAAACAGCCCACUUGGCAGCCAGUGCGCGGGAAGUUGGGCGCGCGAGUUCCGGGUUUCCCGCCGCGGCCGGAGCUGCGGGUGAGCGCGGCCCCAGCGCCCGGUCCCCGCGCCCCGCCGCCCACGCGCAGGGGUCCGAAGGGGCUGGGCUGGAGAGCGCGCGGCCGCGUGGGCCCGGACCGCUGGGCGGAACCCGGGCCGGCGGGCGCGGGUCUCGCUCACCGCGACCAGGCCGCCCUGCACGGCUCUGCCUGGGACACCACUUGCUGAGUCCCUCCCCGAGCGGCCGUAACUCUAAACCGGUCCGAGUGAGGCCUAUUUUUAUUCAGAAACCAGCGACCAGGGCUCCUGUGGAGAUCGCUCAGAUGGAGGGCCAGCCCGACUCUGGAAGGUUUCUCGCAAAUUGGUGGGAAUGGGGAGUCUUGUCCUGCUGUCCUUUCUGGGAGAUCUCAGCGUGCUAUUGCCAAGUCCUGGGAGGGAUAAUGGGUUGCAGAGGAGCUUUCUGAUGAGGCUGUUGCCUGGGUCUGGGGUGCUCUACCUGAACCCCAUUGCCUGGCCUGGAACCGGUGGUCCUGAGGCCACCAAACUUGAGCCCGUCCUGCCUGUGGCCUGGCCUCCCUCUUGCAGGAAUUGCCCCAGUUCCUGGAAACAGGCUUGAGCUGGUGCAGAGAUGGAUAUAGAAGCCAAGUAUCGCAUGGCAUCCUUGUAUGUGGGUGACCUGCACGCAGAUGUCACCGAGGACCUAUUGUUCAAGAAGUUCAGCGCGGCGGGGCCAGUGCUAUCCAUCCGCAUCUGCAGGGACGUGGUCACCCGCCGCUCUCUAGGCUAUGCCUACGUGAACUUCCUGCAGCUGGCGGAUGCCCAGAAGGCCCUAGACACCAUGAACUUUGACAUGAUGAAAGGCAGAUCCAUCCGUCUCAUGUGGUCCCAACGGGAUGCCCACCUAAGGAAAUCUGGAGUUGGGAAUGUGUUCAUCAAAAACCUGGACAAAUCCAUAGAUAACAAAACCCUCCACGAACAUUUUUCAGCUUUUGGAAAGAUCCUUUCUUCCAAGGUGAUGAGUGAUGAUCAAGGCUCCAAGGGUUAUGGCUUCGUGCACUUCCAGAACCAGAGUGCGGCCGAUCGGGCCAUCGAGGAGAUGAACGGGAAGCUGUUCAAGGACUGCAGGGUGUUUGUGGGUAGAUUCAAAAGCCGCAAGGACCGGGAAGCUGAGCUCAGAAGCAAAGCCUCCAGCGCAUUCACCAAUGUCUACAUCAAAAACUUUGGGGACCACAUGGAUGAUGAGAGGCUGAAGGAAGUUUUCAGCAAGUACGGCAACACCCUGAGUGUGAAGGUGAUGACAGAUUCCAGCGGGAAAUCCAAAGGCUUCGGAUUUGUGAGCUUUGAUAGCCACGAGGCUGCCAAGAAGGCUGUUGAAGAAAUGAAUGGAAAGGCCAUCAACGGGCAGCCGAUUUUUGUGGGCAGGGCACAGAAGAAAGGAGAGCGACAGGCUGAGUUAAAGCAAAUGUUUGAGCAGAUGAAAAAGGAAAGGAUCCGUGGGCGCCAGGGUGUAAAACUCUACAUUAAGAAUCUCGAUGACACCAUUGAUGAUGAGAAAUUACGAAAGGAGUUUUCUUCAUUUGGAUCCAUUAGCAGAGUUAAGGUAAUGCAGGAGGAAGGGCAGAGCAAGGGGUUUGGCCUGGUCUGCUUCUCCUCUUCCGAGGAGGCCACCAAAGCCAUGGCUGAGAUGAAUGGCCGCAUCUUGGGCUCCAAAGCCCUGAACAUUGCCCUGGCCCAGAGGCACAACUGACCUCACCAGCCAGCAGUUAUUACAGGUGGCAAAACCAUAGCGAUCUCUGCCUGGAUUGCCCUCAGUAAAUUUCAGUGCCCACUGAUGGCUGCUUAAGUUAAUGAACUUUGUGAUAAUUUUUUUUUUUUUUUAAACACAAAAGCAAUUUUUAAAAAACUUUUUGGGAAAAAAUAAACGCAUCUUUGUAACUUGGUUCAUUUUACAGAGGCACACCUAUUAAUUUUAAAAUUGCAGACUU